GAGUCACCACGGGUGCUGGGGCAGUCGAGCAGCAGCACGAAUCCCACACUCUUUUCCUUGCAUGCUCCCUUAACCAAACCUCCUUCCCCCCCCUUCUUCCUCCCCGCCCCCAUGCAGGAGUCGCCGUGCCCCCUGAAGCGGUGGGCAGCAGCAAGGCAGGAACAGGACAUGCAUCUCUCUUCCUCUCUGCUCUGCAUGCACCCCUCCCUUUCUCCUCCCCGCCCCCCGUGCAGGAGUCACCGCGGGCGCUGGGGCGGUCGAGCAGCAGCAAGGCAUCGGGGGCGGUGGGGAUGAGUGAGGAGGAGGCGAUAGCGGAGCAGCAGAAGAUGUUUGCCGAGGCGCGCGCUGCCAUGCUCAACCUGCAACGGCCCUCCUCGUGA